UUACACGACAUCCACCGUGAAGCACACGCGGUAACGCAGGGCUGCGUAUAAAUAAGAGGCUUCGGCGGUGAAGUUGGCUCCACUGCUGCGGGGCCGCCCGGAGGGACGGAGCGGAGGUGGGGGAGCAGCUGUUUAAGAACGGCGGAGAUAACCUGGACUGUUACCAAGCAAAUCCAGCGCAUGGAUUUACUACCUCCACGGACAUCAGUGCGAAGUGACUCGUUUCAUUUUGGGACUUAUCGUCGAACAUAGCGCACGGAAACGUGUUUUUUUUCAUCGAUGGCUUUUGUUUGUCGGUGCCGGCUCGGUGAAGUGCCCGCUCAAAACUGGCCAGAGUGCCAACUGGGAUUACUCCCUCUGAGAAGGACUAUUAGUCUGGCGAAAACCUCAUCUUGAUUUGGUAUACCUUGACUGAGAAGGACCUCUAACCUUGGGUCCAUUGUGCAUCAAGCCCUUCGACCAAAAGCUGCCAUAUGUUUUGUCUGCAGCCUCUGAAGUUUGAGGAAUGUGUCUUGUCAGUGGAAGAUGUUAAAACUUGCCCCUUGUUCUAACUUGUCUGCCUCGGAGCACAGGAGUGAACAGAUGUCAAGAUUUUACAAUUGUUGGGGGAAAUUUCUGAUUAUGUCGUCAGCCUUUCCUGAAGCAUGGGCCUCAAUAGCCUUUGAAGCUAAGUGAUGUUGGCUGUGGGCCACUAUAAUUCGUCAGCAUCUUCCCACCUCUUGCCUUUCUCAAACAACAGUCAGGGAAAGGUGGAGGCUGAGGUGGCACUGAAGGGGCUUUCUCAGCAGAGGAAUCUCACCAUCGACCAGCCCAUCUCCAGUGGCCCCAUGGCAGCCAUCAUGUCCAUGACCCUAGGCAUCAUCUCCAACAUUGUGGCCCUCUUCAUCCUGGCCAAUGCCUACUCCCUCCAGCGCCGGCGCUCCAAAGCGACCUUCCUGCUCUUUGCCAGUUCACUGGUGGUCACCGACUUCACGGGCCAUGUGAUCCCCGGCGCUCUAGUUCUCCGGCUUUAUCUCUCUGGAGGGAUGCCCGCUGAGGGCUAUGACUCGGCUGAUGCCAUGUGUCAGUUCCUGGGUGGUAGCAUGGUGUUCUUUGGGCUGUGCCCACUCUUUCUGGGGUGUGCCAUGGCAGCUGAGCGCUGUCUGGGUGUCACCCAGCCUCUCCUGCACUCGUCCCUGGUCACCACCACCCGCACCAAGAUCUCACUCUCUGUCAUUUGGCUGGCGGCUCUUUGCGUGGCAAUGCUGCCUUGUUUUCAGCUCGGCUCCUAUACCUAUCAGUACCCGGGGACCUGGUGCUUCAUCAAAGUACUGGAGGACACCCAGGGGGGAGACGUGGCGUUCGUUGUGCUUUUCUCUGGACUGGGCCUUACUUCACUGGCAGUGGCUAUGCUGUGUAACACCAUCAGCGGUCUGACACUGGUGCUAGCCCGGAUCAGGAGGCAGCCCUGCUCCUACCAGUCAGCCAAGUCCCAUGACAUAGAGAUGGUGGUGCAACUGGUAGGCAUCAUGGUCACCUCCUGUAUUUGUUGGAGCCCUCUGCUGAUCUUUGGCCUCAUGUCAGUAAUGCACUCCUAUGGAGACGCCAUAGGAAACGAUCUGUCCACUUACCAAACCCUGAUGGUAAUGGGCGUCAGACUGGCCUCCUGGAACCAGAUCCUGGAUCCCUGGGUGUACAUACUGCUCCGCCGUGCCGUCCUCCGCAAGAUCUACCUCAUUACGAAGCAGCAAACCAUCCUGAAGGGCAGCAUGUUGCGCCGAUGGGAACCCUCCUUCAUUCAGAGCUCAGAAAAGAAUGCAGUCAGCCAAAUAUGAGCUGAAAGACUGAGACAGUGUGAUCAAUGCACAGGCCUGCUGGUGUGGUGCCAGGUUUAGAAGAGCUCAAGCUGUUGUGGCUCUCAUGGGGGCUAUGGGUCUUCAUCAUCUAUGCCUGAAUGUAUACCCUUCAAAAUAUUUAGUAUAAGACUUCUGGAAUGAGCCUUUGUUUUCCAUCUCACUACCCUGUCCCUUAAUGAUACUUUAAAUAGAUCCCUUUUCUUUCUUUUAUGUUCCUUCAAAGUUUACCAGUGAGUUUAUUUUCUGAUCCUUCAAAUAAAAGCUAUCUUAUGCUGUGAUUUUGCACAAAUCUUGUAAAUAUGUACUUUCUAUUAUGUGCUGACAGUAACUAACCAUUCCUUAUUUUUUAUGUAUUCAUUUGGACUAGCAGUUGUCCAUGUCAUGCUAAUCAUGAUAAUAGACAGAUAUUGGCAUUAUUAUUAUUUUAAUAUCGUAUGAUAUAAUUAUAUAUUACAUAUAUUAUGACAUUGGAGGGAAAUCAAGGUGUAAAGCUAGAGGUUGGUGCCUACUCAUAAUGUAUAGAAAUCACAUAACAUCCUGCUAUAAAUGUAUCUCAACUGGAAUGUUAGUGUUCCGUAUGUGUGGAAUCCACAUCCAUGUAAGUCCUUGUGUAAGUAGCCAAAGAGAAAGUGAGCAUUGUUAUGCUAAAUUAUGGAACGUAUGUUUUUCCCUUACAUUUUACAGUGAGGGAAAUUUAGACUGUAAUAUUAUAGUAGGUUAUACUUGAAGUGAUCCCUCAAUUUUUCUGAGGAUAUGUAAAAAAGCAAAAAGCUAUGAAUUGAUUGUAAAUAAAAUAAUUGAAUGUGACA